CCACGACACAAUUCCUUCAAAUUUACCGUUGCAGACGAGCGGUCCUCCUGAGUCACCCUGAGGAGGGAAAAUACAGGAGUUCCCACCCAUGGGGAUGUUUGGUUUGUAACUCACAGCCUCCAUACAGUCUGAACUCCCAAGGUGUCAUUCUACCUGUGAGGAUGAAAGGGCCACUGUAGCGUCAGCCAAAGAAAUACCUGACAGUGGGAGGCCACACACAGCCAUCUCUCCCGUUUUGCCGGGAGUGAAUUAGUAGUCCAGGCCAGCAGGCAGGAGCAGAGGACGCUGGUUGUGUGGCUGCUGUAGUUCAGUCUCUGGUAUGGUGUGAGAUAACUGCCCCACCUGCUGCAAUGAACCUGCUUCUGUGUUUAUGUUUUGUGCUUCUGGAUCUAACAACAGUCCACAGUCGUGUGCUUAUGCAGGGCCGUAUAGUGGGUGGUUACACUGCUGCACCAAAUUCUAUCAAAUACAUUGUGUCACUGCAGAGCACCAGUGGCCAACACUUCUGUGGUGGAUCACUAGUCCACAGAUACUGGGUUCUGACUGCAGCACACUGCAACAUUGGGAAAGAUCAGAUGAUGAUAGUGGCAGGCGACUACAAAGUAAAUAUCUUCGAGGGUACUGAGCAGUAUGCUAAACCCCACAGGCUGGUGGUCCAUCCACUGUACAACAGGAGCACCAACAAUGCUGACAUCAUGCUCAUUAAGUUGCAGGCCCCCAUGAUCCUGAACAAAUUUGUAUCACUGGCACCUCUUCCCAGACAGGGGACAGGUGUGGUCGAAGGCCAUGUGUGUCGGGUGUCUGGAUGGGGCUACAAUAGUUUGAGUGGAGGCCAGGUCCCUGUCACGCUCAGGACAGUCACAGUGCCCAUUGUUUCAGCCGCAAGAUGUAACAACAGUGACUCCUUUAACGGAAACAUCACAGCAAACAUGAUUUGUGCUGGCCAUCGGGCUGGAGGAAAAGAUGCAUGUAAGGGAGACUCUGGCGGGCCGUUGGCAUGCAGAGGACGGGUCUACGGGGUAGUCUCAUGGGGUAACGGCUGUGGUGAUGCAAAAUUUCCAGGAGUCUACACAGCCGUGUCCAGAUUCCGUCGCUGGAUAGACCAAACCAUCUAUGUGUCAUAUCUACGCUGUUCCAAAUACAGAUGAUGCUUAAUGGGCAAAUAAUGAAACCUGACAUUUCUUUUUAAGUAAUUUCUUUUUAAUUUCUUUUUAAGUAUAUAGAUCAGAGAUGGUUCUCUUAAAAACCUGCAGUGCUAUCUCUGAAACAUGGCUCUAAUCAUUCUUGUAUAGAAUGGCAAUGAAUCUUAUACACUGAUGUUAUCUAGUGCUAGCACAGGUCUAUGUGUCAGAUACAGUUAUUGUAGAUUUCACUAUAGUAAGCAAUUUGUAUUCCUAAUGCUAAUAUAAUUCCAGUAAAUGUCACAGCCUGCAAGAAAUUUCCCUCUUACAUAAUCACUCAGAGAAGAUGUAAGCUUUGUGGCUUGAAUGCUUCCUAAAUAUAUUUAUACAGUGUGUGUGCGUGUGUGUGUGCCAGUAAUUCAA